AUGUAUAAUAGUCUCAUGAGCUUCUCCAAAAUCCAUUCCAAUGAAAGUGCCCUGGAUGAAGCAACAGACAGCUGGGGCAUCAAGGUGGAGCGAGUUGAAAUAAAGGACGUGAGGUUGCCAGUGCAGUUGCAAAGGGCCAUGGCAGCAGAAGCAGAGGCUGCCAGAGAGGCCAGGGCUAAGGUCAUCGCCGCCGAGGGAGAACAAAAGGCCUCCAGGGCUCUGAAGGAAGCGUCGGAUGUCAUUGCGGAAUCCCCUGCUGCUCUACAGCUUCGUUAUCUGCAGUCUUUGCAGUCCAUCAGCGCGGAGAAAAACUCCACGAUCCUCUUCCCGUUGCCGAUAGACUUGCUAUCGUACUUCGUCAACAGAGACAAGAAGCACUGAACUUUGUCUUCAUCUUUGUCGAGCUUUUUCUUUUCCUCACUUAUCGUGCUUUUCCCCCCAGUGUGUGAAUGUCUUUUUCUUCUUGUAGGAAACAGCGUUUUUUUAUGAACUCAUGGGGCACAAUUUUAGUUCGAAUAGGGCGUCUGAAAUUUGCACGCAGCCAAAAUUUCAAUUUUUUCAACGAUAUAGCUCAUGUGAAAUUCAGUCAGUUUAAGGGGGGAAAGUCCUCAUCAGAUAAACAUUUUUAGCAUGAGUUCCUGUCUUUCAAAUCAUAAAUAUUUUCGCAUACGUAAGAAUUUUGCUGAAUUAAAUAAAACUAAAAAUAAUUUGGCACAGAUGCAUCACCGAUUAUUAGCUUCAUCUACCAAAAAAAAUCCAUUUGAGUUCCAAACGAUUCACGAAAAAUUUACCACGAAAGUUUUUGAAAAAUAGACGCAACUUUUAGCGAAAACAUUUUGAAAACUAUCGUUGGAAUAUUUGAAACUGCGUCCAGAAAUCAGAUGUCCCUUGAUUUCUUUCAUACUUUCAGAAGUUUGAAACUGUCGCUUCCUUCUUUCAAGUACAGUAUAGUGAAUCAUUUCCGUGGAUUUAAUUGGAUUUAAUUCAUUCUGCAAAUUUUUUUCGCUAUAUUGUUUAGAACCCUAUAGCUGGCCUUCAAUAUACUGUUCAAUGAUGUCUAUAUAUAGCUUGCACUUUCCGAUUUGAAAUUUAAAUUCUCGAUUGAUUUUUCCCGACGUAAAUUUGAUCACUUUUUGCACUCUAAAAAAAUGUAUGUGUUCACAAUCAAUGUCCAGUGCGUUGGAUGUCGCGAUAGGUAUUGCAAAGGAUUUUCGAAAAAGACCUUUUAAAUUAGAUGUCAAUUUUACAUCAGCACUCUUUUUUUUUUAAAUUUACCUUGAACUGAAGAAUAGUUAUUGUCGCUGAAGAAUUCAACUGAUAUGCUCAAUGUGCCACAUUGAAAAGUAUUCCAGAAUGGUGGUUCCUCGAUUUUUUUUUUUUGAUGAAGGGCUUUAGUUUUGCGUUUUGGUGUGCCAAAUAGGGCGAAUGUUUUUUCGGCGAAGGAACUUUUUUGCUUUCGUUUUUCUACAGAAUGUUGUUCGGAGCAGAACCGCUGAGAGAAGUAAUAAUCAUGGUAUAGCAAACGGUGGAAUCUGCGUUGGAAACGAAAUACAGGAUUGUUUUCGGUUUCGAGACUGCGAAUUUUGUCGAUGAAAUUGCACAUAAGCAUGACUUUUUUUUUAGCGC